AUGGAAAAAUCCAACGAAACAAAUCAAUUAUUGCAACCAGUUGACAUUUGGCUUGAUCAUCAAAUUAUUGUGCCUUUACUUUGUAAACAUAAAGAAUUAACGGAUGCAGGUGGCAAACAAUUAGAGGAGAAUUUGAUGGCAGAAUGGAAUCCUGACGAAGGAUUUGAAAGAUUGAAAUCUGAAGCUUCAAAAAUUAGAUCAUCAAGAAGUUUCAUCUCAAUAUGA